AUGGACGCAACAAGAACCCUAUGCAUCAACCAACACACUGAGGCCGACAAGCUGCCCAACAAUGUCGCAGUUUUACAUGUCAGUUCACUCGAACGAAUGGAGCUCCACCAAAUCAUGGACCGCUUGUGGAAUCUCGAAGCAAUCGGCACUCGAGAACGUGAAGUGAAAGAAAAGCAACGGUACCCUGCAUUAGAACAAUUCGAGAGCGCAGUCACAUGUCAACAUGACAGAUACGUCGUUGCUCUACCAUGGAAGCAUGACGUCUCGAUGAGCAAUAACAAAAAGAUAGCGCAAAGACGACUCGCCCAAGUGACAAAGAGGCUCUUGAGUUCUUCCCAUCAGUUGAUGCAGAAUUAUGACACUGCCAUUCGUGAAUACCUCCUCUCGGGUGUGGCAAAAAAGGUCACGGAGCUCACGGAUACAGUUGAGGGCCCAAGACACAUGUACUAUAUGCCGCACCACGCAGUGAUAAGGGAGGAUCGCGUAACAACCAAGAUAAGGAUAGUGCUCGAUGCCUCAUCGCAUGAAGUUCAUACCAAAUCCUUGAACGACAAUUUGGACUCUGGUCCAAACCGAAACCCGGACAUCAUGACUGUUCUACUUAACUUCCGUGUGCAUUCAGUGGCUUUGGUAACUGAUGUACAAAAAGCGUUUCUCCAGAUAAUGAUCCGUGAAGAGGAUCGCGACGCCUUGAGAUUUCUAUGGUACGAAACAAAACCACAAGAAGGGAAGCCAUUGCCAAAAAUAGAAGCCUGGAGAAUGAAUAGGGUGACAUUCGGAGCGGCUCCAAGUACCUUUCUCUUUGCCGCAACGUUACAUCAUCAUCUUCAGUGGACAGCGAAAGAGUACCCUGUGAGCAGCUGA